AUGAUCCAGAGGCGCAUCCUCAACGCACACUCCCACCUCUACCACCACCUACGAACCAUCAUGGCUCUCCUCCAACCCCUAAUCAACCCUUCCUCCUCCUCCUCGAGGAACGACAAAGUAAUACCAACACUCCUCGCACCCGCCCGCCGCCGCCUGACCCUCCCGGAGCGGAUCCCCCGCGGCGCGUGGGACUCCCACAUGCACGUCGUCGACCCGGCCGCAUAUCCCUUGGCACAGGACGCCGUCUACUGCCCCGCGACGCACCGCCUCGACCACGCCCUCGCCUUCGAGUCCUCCGUCGGCAUCGACAACAUCGUCCUCGUCCAGCCCUCCAUCUACGGCACAGACAACACCUGCCUCCUCGACGCCCUGCGCGCCCUCGGCCCCCGCCGCGGCCGCGCCGUCGUCGCCUUCGAGCCCGGAUCCGUCCCGCAGAGCACUCUUAAAGAGUGGCACCGCCUCGGCGUGCGCGGCGUCCGCAUCAACCUCUCCUCCGUCGGCAAAUCCCUCACCGCCGCCCAGCUCGAGGAGUUACUGCUCAAGUACGCGGAGGACUGCCGCCCGCUCGACUGGGUGAUCCAGGUGUACAUGCCCAUGUCGAUGAUCCCGCUCCUCGAGCCGGUGGUGCCGCGCCUCGGCGUGCGCGUGUGCAUCGACCACCUCGGCCAUCCCAGCGUCCAGGACAUGCCCGCGCGCGACCCGUACUCGAUGAGGGGGUUCCGGGCGCUGGCGCGGCUGCUCAAGGCGGGCGGCACGUACGUCAAGCUCUCGGCGCCCUACCGGCUGAGCAGCAUGGCGGACCACAGCGACCUCGAGCCGAUUGCGCGCGAGGUGCUGCGGCUGCGGGGACGGGACAGGGUGAUUUUCGCGACGGACUGGCCGCAUACGCGGUUUGAGGGGCUGGAUAUCAGGCCGUGGAUGGAGACGGUGCUGGACUGGUGUGAUAAGGAUGAUGUGCUGGUGGACAGGCUGUUUAGGGGCAACGCGGAGGAGUUGUGGAAUACCCGGCAUGCCAGGUGA